AUGUUAUUUUUAUGGCAAAAAAACGAAAAUCCCUUUACAGAAUCAAAGCUAGAAGGGUGGUAUGAGAUGAACGUUUGGGGUCGGCUGAUCGAUCCAGCUUUUGACAAUCAGAACAUUGAUUUAUUGCGUGGAGAUGGUAUGAGUUUUGCUUCAAGCGAUAGGAAAAAUCAAAAUAGGACAACAAACGUUCGAAAGAAAAUUGGUCGUAAAGGUGACGGAGUCUUCAGAUUACAUGGAGAUCGUUUAGAGUUUGGUGCAAUAGAAGCAGGACGUAAAUGGGAGGGAAAAAGUGGAACUAAGUAUCUGAAUGAUUCCUUAAAAAUAAACAAAAUGUUGAAGGACAUGAUAGCACAGCUUGCUAUUACGUGUGAAGGGAAAAAUGAUCUGGUGUAUAUUUCUCGUAUCCAACAUAGAAAGGUUCGUGUGGUUGCUGGACGUCUUACUAAUUCAGAACCACUUGCCUAUGUAUUGAAAGAAAUAUUAUGUGCCAAAGCUAUUAUUGGACAGACAUUGGAC